UUUAGAUGGAAAGCAUUUUAAAUUCGGUGAAUAAUUAUCUUGAGCAAUGGACCAUUUCCAUUUUAUGUAAAGGGAAAAUCCCACGUCAUGUUGGGUUUAUUUUAGAUGGAAAUCGACGUUAUGCAAGGAAAGCAGGUGCUAGUUCAACACAAUUUGGACAUUAUGAAGGAUUUAAGCAAUUAGAAAAAAUGUUAGAUAUUUGCAUGCAGUUAGGUAUUGAGGCUGUUACUGUAUAUGCCUUUAGUAUAGAAAACUUUAAUCGAUCAGAAGAUGAAGUCGAUUAUUUGAUGAGACUCUUUUGUGAAGCCUUUGAAGGUUUUUGUGAGAAAAAUGCUUUGGUAGAUAAAUAUGAAAUUUGCGUUCGGUUUUUGGGUCACAUAAGUUAUUUACCAGAACAUGUUCAAAAAGUAGCUGAAAAAGUAACUGAACAAACGAAAAAAAACAAAAAACGUAUAUUUAAUGUAUGUUGUCCAUAUACAUCAAGAGAUGAAAUAACUACAGCUAUUAAAGAUACAAUUGAAUUAGUAAAACAUGGAAAAAUAACAGUGGAUGAGAUUACAGAUCAAACAAUUAAAGAUCAUUUAUUUACUGCCGAUUGUCCUGAAUUAGAUGUUCUAGUUAGAACAUCAGGUGAAACUCGUCUAAGUGAUUUUUUAUUAUGGCAAGCAAAUGACACAUGUCAAAUUCAUUAUGUUAAUUGCUACUGGCCUGAAUUUUCUUUGUGGAAAUUAUUACCCAUCAUCUUGGAAUAUCAAAUUUAUUCAGAUCAUCAAUUACAAGAAAAAAGAUUAGCUUCGAAUCAUUAAAAAAAAAAUACCCCAUAUUUCUUUUCCUUAUAUAUAUACAUAUAUACAUAUAUACAUACACACACAUAUAUAUAUAUAUAUGUAUAUACAUAUGUAAUCAUAAUAAUAAAUUAAGUUUCUUGACAAAGUUUUGCUUCAU